AGCCGCUCGUUUUUGAGUUUUGGUGGUGAGACUCUGGAAGGGAAGGCGUACCAAGCUCAAGUUACGACAUCACAGUAACCAUGGCCGAGGAACGCAAGACCGUCAAGCUGCCGGAAACGGACAACACGAGCCUCACGUGCGCCGCGCGGAUUCUGGCGCACGAAUGCGCGGACGCCAACCUGGAGUUCAUGCGCUGCAAGCAGCGUGACGCCAACCCGCGCGCCUGCCUCGUGCAGGGCGAGAAGGUCACUGCUGCCGUGCUCAAGACACUGCGCGAGGUGGAGACCCACUGCGGUGAGACGUACUCGGCGUACAAGAAGGCGCUUAAGAAGAACUGGCACCGGAUCGACGAGACGCGGAAGGAGCAGGCUGCGCUGGAGGAUUGCUGGCGACAGUACAAGGGCUACAACCAGACGCAGGAGGACAAGUAGACACAGGAUAAGAGUGUUCUCGCGGUCUUUAGAUAAAAAAAAAAGCCCCGAGUCAAAGUGUCACCAAAACUACAAAAAAACAAGAAACAAACAAGGGGAGAGGAAGGAAAUCACAAUGCAGUCAUCGUCCUAUUGCUCAA